CCAACCCUCUCUCUCUCCCUCAGUGGAGUACACGCGCUGACACGAUUAUUGUUGCACAUUUCUGAACGAAACACAGAGCAAAGAACCAGCUUUGGUAUCGUAGAUGAGGAGCCUGCCGCACUCCUCGCUUGGAAUCCUCCUCCUGCCGGCGCUGCUGCUCGUGCUGGCCGCGUCGCCGCCGGCGGCGCCGCUGUCGCCGGACGGGCUCGCGCUGCUGGCCUUCAAGGCCGCGGUGACCGACGACCCGACCUCCGCGCUGUCCGCGUGGUCGGCCAACGACACGGACCCGUGCCGCUGGCCGGGGGUGGCCUGCGUCAACACCUCCUCCACCGAGGCGCGCGUGGCGGGCCUGGCCGUCGCCGGGAAGAACCUCUCCGGCCGCCUCCCGCCCGAGCUCGGCUCGCUCUCCCUCCUCCGCCGGCUCAACCUCCACGGCAACCGGCUGUCCGGCGCCGUGCCGCCGGCGCUCUCCAACGCCACGUCCCUGCGCUCCGUCUUCCUCUACGACAACAACCUCACCGGCGCCUUCCCGGCGUUCCUCUGCGACCUCCCGCGCCUGCAGAACCUCGACCUCUCCAAGAACGCGCUCGCCGGCCCGCUCCCGCCGGCGCUCGGGCGCUGCAGGCAGCUACAGCGGCUGCUCCUUGCCAACAACGGGUUCUCGGGCCGCAUCCCGGCAGCCGCCUUGCCGCAGAUGGAGAGCCUGCAGCUGCUCGACCUGUCGUCCAACUCCCUCACGGGCGCCAUCCCGCCUGAGCUCGGCAAGCUCCAGGCGCUGGCCGGCACGCUCAACGUUUCCCGCAACCGCCUCUCCGGCGCGGUGCCGCCGGAGCUAGGGCGUCUCCCGGCGACCGUCACCCUCGACCUCCGCUUCAACAACCUCUCCGGCGAGAUACCGCAGUCCGGGUCCCUCGCCAGCCAGGGCCCCACGGCCUUCCUCAACAACCCCGGCCUCUGCGGCUUCCCGCUCCAGGUCCCCUGCCGCGCGGCCCCGCCGUCGGCAUCCUCCUCCACGCCGCCUCCGACCACCACCGGCUCCGGCGGCAGCGCCGGCGGCGGCCCUAGCCAGCCGAUGAAGACCAGCCUGAUCGUGCUCAUCUCGGUCGCCGACGCGGCCGGCGUGGCCCUCAUCGGGGUCAUCGUGGUGUACAUAUACUGGAAGCUGCGCGACCGGCGCGGGGACGGCGGCGGCGACGACGAAGACGAGGAGGGGCGAGGGCUCUUCUUCUGCCCGUGCAUGCGCGCAAACACGUGCGGGGACUCGUCGGAAGGGUCGGACGCCGGGGGCGACGGCGAGAAGAAACGCGGCAACGGUUCCGGGGGCGGGGGCGGGGGCGGCGAGGACGGAGAGCUGGUGGCGAUCGACAAGGGGUUCCGGAUGGAGCUGGACGAGCUGCUGCGGUCGUCGGCGUACGUGCUGGGGAAGGGCGGGAAGGGGAUCGUGUACAAGGUGGUGGUGGGCAACGGGACAACGCCCGUGGCCGUGCGGCGGCUGGGCGGCGGCACCGCGGCCCCGGAGCGGUACAAGGAGUUCGCGGCGGAGGCCGGCGCCGUCGGGCGCGUGCGGCACGCCAACGUGGUGCGGCUGCGUGCCUACUACUGGUCGCCCGACGAGAAGCUCGUCGUCACCGACUUCAUCAACAACGGCAACCUCGCCUCCGCGCUGCGCGGGCGCUCCGGGCAGCCGAGCCUGUCGUGGUCGCUGCGGCUCCGCAUCGCCAAGGGCGCGGCGCGCGGGCUGGCGCACCUCCACGAGUGCAGCCCCCGGCGGUACGUCCACGGCGAGGUCAAGCCCUCCAACAUCCUCCUCGACGCCGACUACAACGCCCUCGUCUCCGACUUCGGCCUCGCCCGCCUCCUCACCAUCGCCGGCUGCGCCGACGCCGCGGGAGCCGGCGCCGGCGGCAUAAUGGGCUGCGCUCUCCCGUACGUCAAGCCCCCCGCGCCGGACCGGCCCAACGCGUACCGCGCCCCGGAGGCCCGCGUGCCCGGGUCCCGCCCGAGCCAGAAGUCCGACGUCUACUCCUUCGGCGUCCUGCUGCUGGAGCUGCUCACCGGGCGCUCGCCCGAGCAGGCGUCGCCCUCUGGUUCCUCGGCGUCCUUCUCGGGGCCUGGCGCCGCCGCCGCCGCCGAGGGGCAACAGGCGCCGGAGAUCGUGAGGUGGGUGCGGCAGGGGUUCGAGGACGCGCGGCCGCUCUCGGAGCUGGCCGACGACGCCGUGCUGCGGGACGCCGGCGCGCGCAAGGAGGUGGUGGCCGCGUUCCACGUCGCGCUUGGCUGCGUCGAGGCCGACCUGGAGCGGCGGCCGCGGAUGAAGGCCGUCGCCGACAGCCUCGACAAGAUUGGGUCGUGACUCGUGAGAGCAGGGCGCUGCCUCUUUGCCAUCCGUUGUCAGCUUGUCAGAAUUGGUUAUCACCGGAGAACGUCUCUCUUUCUUUGCACUUGGUUAAUUUUUUGUAUUAUAUAUAUAUAUAUAUAUAUCAUUUUUAGGAACCUUCGUGUAAAUGUUUCUUUUUUCUUUGGGUGUUCUCCGUUCUGUGAAAUUAUUUUGAAUGUUAUAGCAACUUAUAUCCUUCCAUCCUAAGGGUAUUUUCAACACGGAUCCUCAAACAA